UCAAAGAAGGAGCGAGCAAGAGCAGCCAGAUAGACGGCCUCAGCACCUACAUCCUGGCCGACUGUUGCCAGAAUCGAAGACCAAAACAGGUGGGGAGCGGCAAAGGCAGGAAGGAGCACUCAGCCAUUACCCACAUCGUACGACAGGCAGCUCUUCGUCUGAAGUCAAUCUCGGACACCGGUAAAAGCUUUCGACGAAUGAACGUCCCUGAAUUGACGGGAUUGUGUUGAGGAAGGAGCAUACAAGAAGCGGUGUUGAAGAGUGCACCCCUGGCCCCUUGAAGAAGAGAGGUGGGGAUGUUGACAAAGCCAGGUCUCAGGGUAUAAAGAGGUCUCCAGUGCACAUCAACUCCAAUUCCCCAGCUUGCCUUAAACAACCAACACAACCGCCCACACAAUCGUCAACACCGACCGGCGGCGAUACAACAACCAGACGCGCUUUCUUAUUCUGAUCAACAUCGUCACCAUGCUUUCCAAGACCAUUCUGACCAUCGCUGCCGCCUUGGUCGUCCUGGCCCAGACUGCCCAGGCCUCGCAGGCCCCCAUCCCCGGCUACGGAGUCGUCGACAUCCAGUUCGACCUGCCCAUCUACCCCGGCAAUGCCACCAGCGAGACUGUGCCCAUCAUCGGUACCAUUGAGCAUGCCGUUGCCCACAUGGAAGCUUUAUACCCCGGUUGGAACCAGUCUUUGUUCAAGUUGCCCAGUCAGCGUCACUUUGUCUAUGAUGACUCCGACCGCAACAUCAUCCCCGAGAGUUUCAACUGCUGGGGCAGAUGGAAGGGUUGCUCAUGGUCGGCCAUUGCGAGAGGAAUCGACUAUCUCUGGCAACUUCCCAUUUACCCUAUGCCUACCAAUGGCCCUGGACCUGGCAACUGUGGCAGAGUCAGCUGCAGUUACGACUCCGCCAUUUGGUGGUGCAAUGAUAACGACUUUUCAAAGACUGUGAGAUGGAUCAACAUCUCCGCGGGGGCCGAAUACAUGAACGGGGCCUUUGGGAGCUUCUGGGGCAACAAGGGGAAGUGUGUGGACUCAGAUGAUGGCGCCUGGCAGAGCGCGGGUCAGGCGUUCUACCCUGGGAAUUUCAACGUCAUCCUCAACGCUGACAAGUGCUGA